CUAAUUUUUAAGUCUGAUGUGUGAGUGUGGGGACUACAGGUAGGGCUGCACAUACUUAUCCUAGUCGGGAACACUGCCAUUACCAAUUGUUCUCGCCCCUUUUACCCUUGAGGUCAAUGGAAUAUGUUACAGCUGAUUAUCGAGGCAGGUUUUGCUCUGGCGUUGAAGUUCUGCAUUCAUUGAAGUAGGGCAGUUUGGAUGAUGUCCAUGUCAACGUACCGAAAAUGUAGCUUCUUUGGGAAGUUGGUUUCUUCAGGUCAAGGAAUUUAGUUUCUUCAGGUCAAGGAAGUUAGUUUCUUCAUGUUUUUUCAGGUCAAGGAAGUUAGCUUCUUCAGAUCAAGGAAGUUAGUUUCUUCUGGUCAAGGAAGUUGGUGUGUUCAGGUCAAGGAAGUUAAUUUCUUCAGGUCAAGGAAGUACCUGUAUCCAUGCUGACACUGGAUUCUGAUGCCAUGCCGGAUGAAAACCUUCCGAAUGACUACCUGACAGUGUUAGGACUGUGACUAUUGAUUGUUUGUGGUGGCCACAUUACUGAGGUUGUAAACUCAGUCAAGCGUUCUCCCACCUCACGGUAUCUGUGGAGCACACUGUACCAUGGAGUCAUGGAGGAUGAGUGUUGUGAUGUCCGCUGUGUGUGCAUACAUACCUCUGGUACUAUCAUGGACGGUCAAGAUGGACAUACUGAUACAGAAUGGAGCACCACACUGUCCAGAGGAACUCCAAUGCCAACAAAACAUCCUUCUGGAUGAAGAUCAUCGCUUUCUGAACAUCUCCUGGACCAGACUACCAGCAGGCAAUCUUUUCGCCAGAGCUAAAGCAGUUCGGUCCCUCAAAGGUGACGUUUUAAUUGAGACGACUCCGGAAGCUUGUCGUGCGAAUUACCUUGACCGCCAUUCUUCAGUUAUCCCUCAAUGUGGUAUCAUCUUUCACAACUGCACUUACCUGCUGAAGACACGGUGUCCUGUCUACAUACGGGACAUGCAGAUGUUGCCUGGAGCCAUCGAGCAGUAUUUUCCUCAACUGAGUGUGUCGUUUACUCUUGAUGAUAGUUUCCUUACCACUUUGAAUUACAUACUGAGCAGAGAAAAUGCCGAGUCGUACAUAGUGGUCACGACAUCAAGUGAAGAUAUUGCGACAAUAUCCAACAGAUUUCCAUCGCAUGUUAAAAAGACUGUAUCUUUAACUGUGGACCAAAAUGGUAACUUUUCUACCAAGGAGAGUCUGAAGGAUAUAUUCAAAGCGAUAGAAGAACAGCAUCUGAACUUCAUCGCCAUUUGUUCUUCUGAUUGCCUUUAUAACAUCAUGGCUCAGGUCGUGUCGCUGAAGACGGACAUCAGCAAGAGCACAGUAAUGAAGAGAUCUCGAUGGCUGUUGGUAUCGACUGAAGGAGAUAGUACCGAGCAGACCCUGCCGCCGGAUCUAGACCAUUCUGCUGAUGUAUCCGUCCUCCACUUUCACCCAUGCCAACAGAAGUAUCCCGUAUUUAGUCUUAGGAAAGUCACAAACCAGAUUUCGAAUGGUUCUCAACUUUCAAAGCUGCAAGCCGUGGAGCUCACUAAACAUGCCGUUCAGACACAGAUAACAACCUCCGCGCCGGCCGUUGCCGACAUCUACACCACGCACGACACCCACCAUGGGAAGGUGCUGCGUCUGAAUGGUCGAGUACUUCUUAAUGAAAGCAGAGGACUGUCAAAUGAAAUAUUCGAAACUGACAAAUACGGUUACAAUAACCGAACCUUCAAAGUUGGGAUAUUGGCGUGGCCUCCAUUCGUGUACAAGUCCGAAGACAACCGAACCUAUUAUGGCCUCUGCCUGGACAUGCUGAAUGAAUUAGCCCGAAGUCUGAACUUCAGUUAUGUUUUUGUUGAGCCCGUUGACCAGGAAUGGGGCAGGGUGGCCAACGGCAAGUGGACAGGACUCGUCGGCGAUGUUGCAAGCGGGAGAAUCGACAUGAUUAUUGCGCCCCUAACAAUCAGCGAUGCUCGGGAGACAGUGAUGGACUUCACGCAACCAUAUUUCUACGUCCACUCAAUGAUCAUCCUAGCCAAACAGGACCCGGAUGAAAACCAAUGGUUGACCCUUGUGGCGCCCUUCCGAUACGAGGUCCACAUCUGCAUCCUGUUCUCCCUUAUCUUCUCCACGGUGUUCCUGUUUGUGGUGGAGGAGGUCCAUCCGGUCAACGCUUGGCUGGACAGGCGUUUGUCCGAACUUCGUAUACGUUAUGGGGACAUUCUGUGGUACCAUUUCGGUGCCCUCAUGGCUAAUGGUGGCGCAUACCUCCCAAGAACCCAGUCUGGGCGGUCGGUGUUGGCGUGUUGGUGGUUGCUGACGGUCAUUCUGGCGGCAACCUACAGCGGCAACCUCAUAGCCUUUCUUACUGUUACGACGGAGAAACCUCCCUUCUCCACUCUCGGGGAGAUGGUAGACCAGACUGAGUUCAGAUGGGGACUUAUAGGAGGGUCGGCGGUUAUAACACUGUUUGAAACGUCCAACAGAAGUGACUUCCAAAGAAUAUGGCAAGGUGUUGAGAGGGAUACAAUGGUUGAUCCGGACUUCCAAAGCCUCAGUUUAGAUGUGCACAUGCGCAAAGUGAUGACUGAGAAAUACGCCUUCAUCGGGGACACGACGAAUUAUGACCUCUGGCUGUCCAAAUCCUGUGACAUAUAUGGACUGAGUGAUCGAUUCUACCCCAUGAGAUAUGGCAUUGGUUUCCCUAACAACAGUAUGAAUACCAGAAUCUUUACUGAACAACUUCUGCGGAUCCAUGAGGGCGGUCUUAUUCAGCUUUGGUAUCAGAAAUGGAAGGCAGCAAAUACUUGUGAAAAGACCUCGACUUCCGCCAAGAAGGUCGGCCUGCUGGCGUUACAGAGUGCCUUCUACGCUGCUGGGGCGGGCUUGUUUCUCGCCAUGGGAAUUCUCUGCAGUGAGGUCAUCAUCAAGAAGACGUGUAAGGGAAACACCUGUCAAAGUCCAACCUGUAUAUGUCGAGUAUCGUGUCCAAGAAUCUCGUGCAAGGAUUCGUGUUCCGGUUGCUUUUCUGGGGAUGUGUGUGGAUGUUGUUCUCGGAAAACAUCGGAAUAAGAUCAGGAGUGGUAGGGUGUUUGGGCUGUUCUUGUGGGAAUUUCCAGCAAAUGGCCGUGUGCUGUAUUUUGCUUGCAACAGACAUACUACAUGUGUAUAUGUGCAGUGGAAAUGAUAUCAUGUGAAAACCUCAUAUAUUGGAGACAAACUCUUUGCAUUCCAUGACAAAUAUAUCUUAGGAUGUCAUCGUUUUGUCUCGCGAGACGCUACGUUUGUCAGAAGAUAGCAGUAAAAUCCUCCAAAUGAUUUCGUACAAAUGUUUCUCUAUGUUGACCAUCCCGAAUCACGGAUAUCAAUUCCAAUGUUUGAGAUUCAAAUCAUGUGGUUGACUUCGUCUGUCUGGAGAUUACUGUACACACGGUAGUGACUACUGACAACACCGGAACUACAUCCGAAGUAGGAGACAUCGGACAAUGGAGAGACAGGAGGCACAGGAGAGACAGAAGACUGCAGAGAGAAGCAGAACAGACAGGAGGAGGACACAAUGGAGGAAAUCAAGACCUUACACAGGCAGGGGCACUGCAGAUAUUAUAGCAGAUCCACGGGAGGGAAAACAGACCCAAUACAGAUAUAGCAGACCCACGGGGAGGGAAAACAGACCUAACACAGACAUAGCAGACACACGGGAGGGAAACAGACCCAAUACAGACAUAACAGACACACGGUAAGGAAACAGACCCAAUACAGACAUAGCAGACCCACGGGAGGGAAAACAGACCUAACACAGACAUAGCAGAAACACGGGAGGGAAACAGACCCAAUACAGACAUAGCAGACACACGGGAGGGAAACAGACCCAAUACAGACAUAGCAGACACACGGGAGGGAAACAGACCAAAUACAGACAUAGCAGACACACGGGAGGAAAACAGACCCAUUACAGACAUAGCAGGCACACGGGAGGGAGACAGACCCAACACAGACAUAGCAGGCACACGGGAGGGAAAACAGACCCAUUACAGACAUAGUAGGCACACGGGAGGGAAACAGACCCAAUACAGACAUAGCAGGCACACGGGAGGGAAACAGACCCAAUACAGACAUAGCAGGCACAAGGGAGGGAAACAGACCCUACACA